UGAACUCUCUUCGUCGCGGUAAGUUCGUUCACACCGGUUUUGUCAUGUUAUUUCAUAUUAAGUCCUGAAAAACGUAAAUCAAAUCAAUUGGACAUCAUUUAAACUCUCAUCAAGCACCCUCCUCGUAUUUGUAAAAAUCAUGGAAAUUCUCUUGUUACGAUUCAAAUGUUCCUGGCCGUCAGUCAUCAGAAAACAUCCGUGCUGAUGAAAUAUUUACACAUGAACCUCUAUUGUAGGAUCGUGAACGAACUAUUACAUGUUACUUGAGAGGGUUUUAAAUUGAUAAUACCCAGUUGUAUUUCACGAUCGCCGAUACCAAACGGUUCCUAGUUGUUUUUACAUAGAUGGUCUAAAAUCACGUUUAGCGCGCUUCUCUGUUCACAAAGGAAUUAUUUUUCAAACCAGUCAAACUGGUUUUUGUGUUUUGGGAAAACUGGUUUCUAUUUAUUCUUCGUCCCUCGCUUUAUGAGCCUUCAGACGAAUUGUGUCUUUGAGCCUUGGCGCGUAUUCAGAGCGAUGCGAUCGUAAUGCCAAGACAAGAUAGAAAAGGCGACGGUUUAGUAACUCUGAAUCUAACAGCCAGCCCUGAGAAUGGGUACGAUGAAGCGGAAGAGGGCAAGCUCGAUUUCGACAGAGACGCAGCAAGCGAGGAGGUGGAUGUGGUAAAACCGCAGACUUGGGGAAACAAAGCUGAAUAUAUUCUCGCUACUAUCGGGUUCGCGGUUGGAUUUGGGAAUUUAUGGAGAUUUCCGUAUUUAUGUCAGAAAAAUGGAGGAGGUGCGUUUCUAAUUCCAUACUUCAUCAGCCUGAUCCUCCUGGGGAUUCCUCUCUUCUUCCUCGAGCUUGCCAUCGGCCAAGGCCUCCGUCAGGGUCCCAUCGGUGUGUGGAAAGCUAUUCAUCCCUACCUGGGUGGUGUGGGGCUGGCUUCGGUGGUCGUAUGCGUCCUGAUCUCUAUGUACUACAACAUGAUCAUUGCAUGGUGUUUCUAUUAUCUUUUUGUGUCGUUUCAAGACCCCCUCCCGUACUCUACUUGCCCCAGCGGCGUGAACUGUACGGUGAAUGAGGAAUGCAAACUGGCCGGUCGAACACAGUAUUUCUGGUACACUAAAGCCCUUGGUACAACAACCUCCAUCGAGGAUAUGGGUGAUUUCCAGUGGCAUCUUUGCCUUGCACUAGUGUUGGCAUGGAUUGUUCUGUUUUUGUUUGUCAGCCGUGGUGUCCAGUCUGCCGGAAAGGCGUUGUAUGUCACUGCCACCUUACCAUAUAUCGUGCUGGCCAUCUUCUUUGGUAGAGCUGUUACAUUGAAGGGGUCAUUAGAUGGAAUCAUACACAUGUUCAAACCUCAGUUCUCCAGAUUGACUUCACCUUUAGUAUGGCUAGAGGCUGCAACUCAAGUGUUUUUUUCUGUUGGUGUUGGUUUUGGGACCCUCAUUGCGAUGGCAAGUUACAACCCAGUACAUAACAACUGUCGGCGAGAUGCCAUUCUUAUUUCUUUGACUGAUAGUUUGACCUCAGUCUUUGCUGCUGUUGUUGUUUUCUCCGUUCUCGGCUUCAAGGCACAUGGAUCGUACGACGAAUGUUUGAGUCUAUACGGUGGCGCAAACAAUACUCACCUUCCACUUGGAAUAACAAUUGAGGAAAAAUGCCAUAAUCUAACAUAUUGGCUUUCUGAGUCGUUUCAAGGUCCUGGCCUGACGUUCAUAGCUUUCACUGAAGCCAUCCUGAAGCUUCCCUUGUCUCCACUGUGGUCUGUGCUAUUCUUCUCCAUGUUGUUGUCUCUCGGGCUCGGGAGCAUGUUCGGUAUACUGGAGGGUGUGCUUAAUUCCCUGCACGACCAGAGGUUGAUUCCUCUGCGAAAAGAAGUACUGACAGGUCUAACGUGUCUUGUGUGUCUGGCGGUUGGACUGCUCUUCUGUCAGACGUCAGGAGAGUACUGGCUGCAGAUGUUUGACAGCUUUACAGGAACACUUCCGCUUCUGUUCAUCUGCUUCUUUGAACUUGUUGGUGUUUCAUGGGUCUACGGCGCCAACAGGUUUUACGACGACAUCGAGUACAUGCUCCACAUACGACCUGGCUUGUACUGGAAAAUAACUUGGAGAUUUGUGUCCCCUUCGAUAGUUUUGGUCAUCUUUGUCUGGAGCGUGUUAAACCUUGGACUAAAACCGAUUACUUAUUCGGUUUGGAACAGCAAGGAGGGCGACGUCAAGAAUGUGGAGUUUCCUAGUUGGUGUUUCUUUGUCAUUGUGUUUCUCAUCUGCGCCUCUUGUCUUUGUAUACCAGCGGUGUUCUUUCUAAGACUGUACCAAAGAGUGACCUCAACGAGAAGGAGAGGUACGGAGAUUGUGCGUGACUUGCUGGAAUCGUCUGCAAAGAAACCGCCUGAGAAGAACACAGAAUGACUUACAUCUUUUAAUCUCAAAGAGAUUCCAGUUUUAAUGUCAUAAACAUAGAAUAAAACGGUAUCAGUUCUCAGGUCUCUGAGAGUGGCGCGGCGCAAACUGAAUGCUAAAUGCUCUAUUUCUGUGAUGUUUCGCUUUCAAAUGAUGCUACAGAGACAACUCCUUUGCAGAAGCCUCAACCGUUUUGAAGAGCAAAAGCGAUGCAGAGAAGAGAGCUAAGAAUGAAGAAUCAAAUGAACUCAGUAGAAUUUUCAGCUAUCACAACAUUCAUUUCUUUGCCAAACACACAUGUCAUCACUCAAGUCGUCUGAAUGUCUAACCACAUUACCCACAUAUACUUUGUUUGGCGAACCAGGAGUUUCAAAAUUCCUAGAAAUAUAUGACCCAUACCGGGCGCUUUUCAUUAAAACGGUGGGAGAGUCACAUUUAAGAAUUAACAGACUCUUUCCUGCCAAAUUUAUACUUUCCUCGUAUCGUACCCGACUUACACACUGUUAAUUCACAUCAAAGGAAUUACGAUUGGUGAAACCAAACAAUUUAUCCUAACAAAUCCUAAGGUAGAAUGUCUUUUACUAAACGUAAAAUUUACUCUGUGAUUUCUACGUUGUGCAAAGUAUAAAUACCGUAUCAUCAUGUGUUAAAAUUAAAAGGUACGGGUAACACUUUUCUGUAAAAGAUAUAUUUAGAAAUUAAAUUCUAGGAACGUGUGGCGGAUAUGACGCCGACAUCAUACUGAUAUCUUGAUAUGUAAAGCGACAGAAACUAAAAUACCCCUUGUGAACACAUUUCACUUUUCUGCCUAUUAUUGGUUUCGAACUAAGGAAAAUAAAUCUGAUGGGUCAAACCGACCAAGAAGGG